GGGGUACUCUUGGGUGUCCCCUGUGGGCCCAGGUCAUUGUCCACUUCCCUGCACAGCAUCCCUCUGGAACUUUGCUGGAUAUGGGGUCUUUGUCCCUAGGGACCUUCUCCCCCAUUCUGUGUCAUACAUCAAUACUCAGAUUGUAACACAGAACAGGGAGAAAGCGCACUGCCAUCCCAAGUGAUCCAGAAGGGCUUGGAAUUGUGAGUUAGGAGCAGGCAGCCUGCUAUUGCUCCCUGGGGUAAAGGCAGCAGCCCCAGCGGCUGCCCUGCCCUGCCCUGUGCAGCCCACAGCAAUCGGUGGGUGGUGGGUACUACAGUGGCAUCCAGCCUCCAAUUUAAAACCAUUUGUUGGCCUUUUUUUGUGGUGAGCUGUCCCUAGCCAUGCUGCUCUGCAGGAGAUGAGCCUGCCAGGGGCUAUUCCUAUUGUUUUCCCACUGGUCCUGUGUCUGGUGCUGAGCACUGAGGGCAGGGAUUAUCUCUCCCACCAGCCACUCUGGUGGGAGGACUGCUCUCCAAUUACAAAAGCAGAGGAUUAGGGACACUUCUGCUUCCAGCCCCAGACUCAUAAGGAUGACUGUGGUCAGCACUAUCUCUCCUGCAUAGUUUCCUUUGGAGAAGGGAUGUAAUCACUUUGGCUGGCAGCAUGCUGAUGAUGGAGCCAGAGAUGGACAUGGUGGGUGAUGAGGAGCUAUACUUGUACCUUGAACUGGGAUUCCUGAGGGCAGUUUGGCAGCCUGCCUGGAGCUCCUGCUGCCCCCUCUGCUUGGAGAAGCAGCCUCCUUCCCCGGCUGCAUUGCCCCUUCCACCCCUCUGCCUCUCUUUAUGGUCUUCAACCUUUCAGCUUCUGCCCAGAGCUAACAGUGGGGAUCUGUAGCAGGUAUAAGGCACACCAAAUUGUCCUGGCCUCCCCUGGGACCCGGCCUACAUGCAACUGGGAGGAGGGGGCCCAAUCUGCUUCAGUGCCCAGACCCCAGCACUUGGCCCAUGUCUCAACAGUGAGGAUUGUCAGUAACCAUGGCAAUUACUUUUGCACCUGACCCAGUGUCAGGAAUAUGGUGGGGAAGAGAAGCUGUAACAUAAUCACUGUGAUGAGGGGUGUUAGGAAAGGGGCAAUGUAGCUUUGGGGCAGAGGGCCUUGGUAUCUCCCCUUUCCCCCUUUUAGUCAGGUGUUGGAGGUUUGGAGGUCUGUCUGCCCUCCUGUGGGAUGGAAACACACCUGGGGAUAUAUACACAGGGUGCAUGGGUGCAGGCUGGAGAAGGCCAUGCAAGCAAGCUGGGAUGACAGCAGUUGGCUCUGUUAAUGAUUACCUGCCACACACCUCAACAAGGAAAACGUCGUCCCUCUCCAAUGUGCAGCAGUGCUGCACCGUGCACUAUCAGUUUCCCAAGGAGCAGGCUUUGACCAAAGAUGGAAUGUUCAAAGCAGAGCUGACAUGCCAUGAAUUAGCUUGCGACAUUUUUAGAGGUAAAAAGCUUGAGUAAUUGCGGGGAAAUGCACCUGGUUUUGUCACACUCCCUCUUUUUCCUCCUUCCCUCAGCAUGAGGCCCCUUUCUGCAAACACAGCCUGCUGCUUGUUUGAGCUGGGGAAGGAGCCAUUUCCCCCACAUCCCUCAGAAAGGGCCCAAAGGGAUCAAGCACAGGCACUGCUGAGACUGAUGUGCACCAAUGCAUCCCUGCUCUCCUGCAUGGCCAGCACUUGUCUCCUGGUCUCCAGCCCAAGAAGGCAGCAGGAGGGGAUUUGGAAUGGCUGGAAAUGGAAGGAGUGAAAGUUUGCGCAGGAUUUCACCAUACCUUAUGCUGCUCUGCCCUGGGGACCCCAGCGAGAUCUCCAGCUCCUGGCCAGAGACAGCUGAAGAAAAGCACCAUUGCUCACUCCACAUCUAGUUCUUUAAGGUUUCUACCAGGCCCUGGUUUGCUCAUCACAGUCCCAUAACUCAGACUUGCAAACGUGAUGCACAUCUAGGUCUUCCCCAUCUUUUUUACAGUGAAAUUUUUCUUGGCAGCUUUCUUCAGCUUUAGUUUAAAGGCCCAGCAAUUGGGGGAGGCUGUUGGCCUUGCUACCUGCCCAGCUGUCAGGAUCCAUUUCUGCAUCCUGGCCUCAAACGUACAGCCCAGCAUGUCCAGACCCCUCACCACCCAGAGCAGUACCUGUUGCUGUGUAUGCAGCAGGCAGGGGAGAUUCCAUGUUCCCACAUUUGCCAGCCUCCUCAAAACAUCUGCAGAUGUUCAGGAAACUGCUGGCAGGGUGUGAGUUAAAUGCACUGAUCUCUCGAGAAGAGAGCUGGUUUCAAAGCAGCUCAUAAAAAACAGCCCCUCCUGCCCUGCAACGCCGCCGCCUGUGCCGGUCCUGCUUUCAGCAACCUUCUUCCAGAAUAAGGAUGGCAAAACGGCUCCAUUCCCCACCACAGCCCAAUUCUUCUGGCAUGACACUCGCCUUUCUGACUGCUAACUCCAGAGGAGAAUUGGCUUGGCCCCUGCCUCAGCUCACCUCCUAAGAAAAGGGGGCAGAUGUGGGGAAGGGAGCAGUCAUGUCGGCAAGGUCCUUUUCAUCCCCCACCAGCAGUCUGAUACCGCAGCUUGGUCCAAGGAGAAGGGCUGCAGCAUGGCUGAGCUGGGGACCGGCAGGCAGGUCACAAGGGAUGGUCUGGAGAGAUUGGGCCAGCAUGUUAGUGAUGUGCUGCUUUGGGUACUGAGCAACUACGUCCCCCCCAGUGCCCUCCCACGAGGGGCAGAGCAAGCAGGGAGAGACCAUGAAAGGUCGGUCCAUCGAUGCCAGUGGCCUUGAUGGGGAAAGAGGCAUCUACGGAGCUGGCAGAAACACGGUGUGGUUCCCUUCACUCCACCGAGGUCCCAGGACCACCUUCCAGCGUGUCUCAGAGCGGCAGCCCCCAGGAGAGACCCUAACCGGCUGUUCAGCUGUGCACCCCUUCGGCCACUCAGUGAUAUUGGGGUGCGUGCUAAGCUGAACCCUCGCAGCUUCCCUGGUACCGCGCAGUGGCUGCGAGUGGGACAGCACUGCGUUAAGGUGAGACCGGGCAGGGGGCAGGGGCCGUGCCCCGCGGGACCUGACGCCCCCGGGCCCAGCACACCCCCCGGACCAGCGAGCCACCGCCUGCCCGCGUUCCCCCCUCCCCGCCGGCCGAGGGGCCAGCCUGCCCCCUCCGCCGCCCUGCCUUUCUGCCUGCCGGGGGGGCUAGGGGGGCAGAGGAGGAGCUUGCGAAAAGUUUUGGGCUAAAAACCCACCUUUUUGCUGCCAGCCGAGCCCGACGUCAGGGGCCGCUGUGCGCUGCGCAGGGAUCCGCACGCGGCCGGCACACAAAGGCAGCAGCUCCGCACCGCGCUGCUCCGCUCCGCACCGCAGGCAGGAUGCAGGUUCGAGGCCUCCUCCUCCUCCUGGUACUGAUCCUGCUGGCUGCCACCACUGAGGCUGGCAAAACCAAGAAAGAGAAAGCAAAGAAGGAUGGCUCCAAGUGUGAGGAUUGGCGCUGGGGACCUUGUGUUCCCAACAGUAAGGACUGUGGCCUGGGCUACCGUGAGGGAACUUGCAAAGAUGAGAGCAAGAAGCUCAAGUGCAAGAUCCCCUGCAACUGGAAGAAGAAAUUUGGAGCUGACUGCAAGUACAAGUUUGAGAGCUGGGGAGGGUGUAGUGCUCAGACAGGCUUGAAGACUCGCUCAGGCAUCCUGAAGAAAGCCCUGUACAAUGCCCAGUGUGAGGAGAUCGUCUCUGUGACCAAGCCCUGCUCUUCCAAGAUCAAGUCAAAGUCCAAAGCAAAGAAAGGCAAGGGGAAGGACUAGAACAGGAAGCCAUCAUCUUCAUCGGCCCCUAAACAUCGUGCCUACAGGACUGGAUGCCCAGCUACAGCUGGCCCAUGCUACAGUCUUCCUUCUCCUCUCCUUCCUCCUUUCCAUGACCUCCUGUUUUGCUGAGAUGCCUUGUUUUAAUCAUUAGUGUUGUAGAGAGCAAACCCAUCCACCCACCCUGCAGGAGAGGCUGCUUCCGUCCUUGCUACCCCACUGCCACUGCCAAUGCCUCUCACUCAUCUUCUCUCAGCUCGUGUUGGGGUUCACUGGGAUGCGCCCAGAAAGCUGGGAUGGGAACACACAUUUUUCCACCCUCCAGCACAAAUGAGUUGCCUUUAGCACGUCCUUUGGCAAGUCCAGGAGCCUUAUUGUUCCUCCACCAGCUACCAGUGACAGAGGGAAGGGGUGGGUGGGGAAGGGGUGGGUGUUGAAUGCCAGAGUAACUCUAUUACUCCUGCCCCUUACUCACUUGAGGACUGCUCUCAGCUCAGGAGGCUUAUUCUAGCAUCCCUUUGGCUAGGGCACAAAUUACCUGCAGCUGAGGUAAACACAACCAUCACCCCCAGGAACCCCUGUGUCUCCUCUCCUCUAUCCCUUCUAACCAUGUGUGUUCACACUAGGGCUGCAGCCCCUCUGCCUUUGCCACACCAACACUGGUGCUGGGUGGGAGCUCUCACUCCUUCUGGAAAUGGGGUUUGUUUUCUUUUCCAAUAAAAAUCUUUUUUUAAAAAGUA